GGUUACUGACCACGGCGGAUUUGGAGGCAAUGAAUAAGGAGGAUUUCUCCACGAUCAGGGCCUUCGUGCACAAGUUUAAGAAGAAGGCAACAAGGUGCACGGGAUGUCAGAGGAGGCGCAAUGUGCCAUCUUUCUGGGGUUGCUCACGGGUUCGGAGGCCUCAGAACAGACGAGCCAUGGGGGAGGGAGUGAGAAGCUCACCUGGGCCACUAUCGACAAGGGAGUGGAAGAGGGGAGUCUGGAUCAGGUGGAGGAGCACCAGGUACGGUUGCAAAGACGUAAGAGGAAGGAGAGAGACGCCAACGCGUCUGGGACACCGGGGGUAAAGAAGAUUGUCACGGACGUACUGGCGGCGUUGGGAUAUGACGAUGAGGUCGAGGAGAAGGAAGAGCCGAUCGUAAGAGUCGAGGAGAUUGUAGGGGAUAGUGAGGAGGUCAUUCAGCAACUAAAGGCAGGGACUAUAAGGGAGGAACCAAUAGUCGUCGAAUCGGAUGACGAGGGGCAGGAAGGCGAAGGAGAGUCGGACAUGGCCCUCCUGGGAGGAUGGAAGAUCUGCUGGAAAAGGAAGGAGGUGGUGGAAGUCCCGGAGGAAGAGGAAGAGGAUGACGACGAAGAGGAUGAGAGGCUCCGACAAGAGGAGGGUCAGCGCGCGGAGCUGAGGGCCAAAAAGAGAGGAGCCCGGGAGGAGGCCGAGCCAAGUCUGCCUGACAGCGUGCCCAAGAGGAAGAAGUAUACGGUCCGGAUGGAGGAAGGCUUUGAUGUGGAGCGGAUGGUGGACAAGCUCCUGGAAGGCCACAAUGAUCUGAUGAACCUGACGGACAUCCUGGCUUCGGCGCCAAGGCUCCGUGCGGAUGAGGAAGCCUACUACGAGCGGGAGCGAGGGUUGAUACGGCGUAUGCGGGAGCACGCGUUGACCGGGUCGUGCCGUAUCAACGACGAAAAUGAGGGGAAACUGAUAAUUGGGGAGCCCGACUUUCUGUCGCCCCAGGAGAGAGCGUUGAUGGUGGGGCUGAUGAAGAAAAGGCACCGCGCAUAUGCAUUCAACGACGACGAGCGUGGGAGGCUGGAUGUGGAUAAGAUCCCGACGAUCAGGAUCCACACGGUCCCACAUGAGUCAUGGAAUCUAAGGGGCGCGCGGUACCCUAACCCGGACGAGGAAAAGAUGGUGGUGGACUACCUGGACGGCAAGAUGCGGACGCACGUGGCCGAUUAUUCCAGUGGGCCGUAUGCGUCGCCUUGGUUUUGUUUUAUUAAACCAAAUGGGACGCUAAGGUGGGUACAGGACUUGCAACGGCUAAAUGCGGUGACAGUGCGAGGCGCGGGAGGAUUGCCGAACGCGGACGCAUUGUCAGAAUCGUGUGCAGGGAGGCCUAUAAUCUCGCUUAUAGACCUCUACUCGAGGUAUGACCAAUUCCCCGUAUACCCGCCAGACAGACCCGUAACGGCAAUGCACACUUCCAGAGGGCUGAUUCAUAUGAACGUGGCGCCUCAAGGUUGGACGAAUGCAGUGGCGAUGGUGCAAAGGCAUGUGAUCAGAGCCAUGCAGACGGUCAGCCCACAUAUCACUCAGCCCUAUAUCGAUGACCUGGCGGUCAAAGGUCCGAAGGAGAAGGAGGAAGACGAAGUGAUGUCCGGUGUGCGGCGCUUCGUCUGGAAACAUGUCCAAGACAUCGACCAGGUUCUGGGGUUAUUGGAGGAACAUAACCUGACGGUGAGCGGCCCCAAGUCGAAACAUUGUAUGAGGGAGGCCACGAUUUCAGGUUUUGUUUGUAAUGAGGGUGGGCGAAGGUCUGAUGUAAAGAAGACAGACAAGAUUCUUGAGUGGCCAGUGCCCUUCCGCUCGAUAACAGAUGUAAGGAGCUUCCUUGGGACGUGCGGAUUUUGGAGGAGCGUUGUGAAGGACUUUGCCACGAAGACGGAGCAUUUAAGGAAGUUGGUGCGCCAGGAUCAAGAAUGGGUCUGGGGCGAAGACCAGGAAGAGGCGGUCGGUAGGAUGAAGGGAGAGUUUAAGGAAGGAGGCUUGGUAUUGGGGACGCCAAACUAUGAGGCCACAGAGGAAAGACCAUUCGUCAUUGAGACGGACGCUGGGCCAACUGCCUUGGGAGGAGUCCUGAUUCAGGCAGAUACUGAGGGGAAGGAGAGGCUGCUAAGAUUCGAAAGUCGUACCCCCAAUACAACUGAAAGGAACUAUUCUCAGUUCAAGAAGGAGGCGUUGGCGGUACUCCAUUGCCUAAGGACCUUCCGGAACUAUGUUUUUGGCAGAAGGCUCAUCUUGAGGAUGGACCCUAUUGCACUGGCAUGUUCCCUGAAGAAUUAUACUCCAUUUGACCCAACCGUCGCAAGAUGGUUGACCUACAUUUGGAUGUUUAAUUUCGAGCUGGAAAGGAUCCCAGGGAACAAGAACAGGGCGGAUGGGUUAAGCCGCAUCAACUGGGACGGAUCGGACGAGGAAUCGAUAGAAGACACGCCGCCAGUUGAUGGGUUUUUGGAUCAAGAGGAGGACGUCCGCCUGCACAUAAACGAAUGGUCCCUGCGAGUGCCCAGUACACACAGUCUGGUGGAGGAAGUGAGGACAAUAGAGGAAGGCCCCACUCAGGUAGAGGAGCGUGAGCAGUUAAUGGGAGGGAUAUACCUGCUCACCAAUACGCUCUUCCAAGGAGACUUCGACCGGAAGGGCUCGUUCAGUCACGAGGAGAAUGAGAUUCUGGUUCCUGAAAGCCGAGACGAUGAAUUCGAGGAAGGAGAAAUCAAAGAGGCGUUUCGGGCGGAGGAGUACGAUGGGAUCUACCGGGAAUUGGGGUUGCUCCUAUCAUGUGAGAUGAGGGAUAGAGAUGCAAGUGCCAAGGCACAGAAAAUGAGGCACCUCUAUGUGGUAAGAGACGACCACUUGUUUAUAAAGCGGCAGGUCGGGAACCCCAAGGGGAUCGUAUGUGGGAGAAACCGACAAACUGAUAUCAUAGCGGCCCUACACGAUGGUAUAGCAAGGGGGCACAGGGGAGUAGGUGCCACAUGCGCGAAGAUAAGCGAGCUCUACCAUUGCGACGGGAUGCUGAAGAUGGUUAUCAAGUACUGCCGGUCCUGUAUACCUUGCCAAGAGAGGUCAGCGCAAAGGCUUGGAGAACCCCUACACCCAAGGUUAGAAAGGGAGGUGGGUGCGGUCGUACACCUGCACCUGUUAUUCAUGCUAGCAGGGGAGAAUGGGUGUAACUACAUCUUCGAUGCACGGGAUAACCUUACUGGGUUUGUGGACAGACGAGCUAUCCGGACAAAGACUGACCCGAUUUUGGCAAAUUGCAUCAAGGAGUAUUACUUGCGAUAUCCUUUUGUUAGGGAGUUCGUGAUGGAUCGAGGAUCGGAGUUUACCUGCAAUGAGGUGAGGACAUUGCUUGCAAGGCAUGGCGUAGUGGCCAACUAUACUACGGCCACACACCCUCAAGCGAACGCACCUGUGGAGAAGGGGCACAGUACCAUCAUGAAUCUUCUGGCUAAGUGGACAGAGGGCAAACCUGGUCAGUGGUCGAAGUUCCUACGGGCAGCUUUCUUCGUGGAGAAUGUUACUGUAAAGAAGACCACCAAGUACGCGCCAGCCACGCUAUGGUACGGGAGGCGUGCCACCUUUCCCAUAGAAAGCUUUAUGAAGACGUGGAGGCGCCAGGACCUGGAGGUAAACCUGUCUUUCGAAGAACUGCUCGAUAUUCGGGCGCGGCAAGUGGGGGCGGCCGAAGAAAGAUUGCGAGAGGCCGUUGGUCAGGUGGAAAGGAGUCGCAUGGAAGAUAAGAUGAGGUCUGACUUUUCGAAGACAGCCAUGCAGAAGGGAGGGAGGGGCGCGCGGCCACGACAGAGGCCUCAGGGAGCAUCAGGAGGGGAUGACUCGCGCAAACCGGUUGGGAGGGAGUCUACGCCUAUCUUCGAUGACGGUAACAUAGAGCUUUUUCUGGACUCCUACCAGGCACAUGUGACACGGGAGGGCUGGUCUACCUUGGAAAGGAUACGGAACCUGAGGGGAGUUGGGCGCUUCGAGGAACCUAUUGCGCACAUUCGAGAGGAGGCGCUGACAUGGCAGGAUGUGGAGGCGAGGAUGCAGAUGCUGAGGGCUUCGCCGAUGGGACCGGAUGGAUUGCCUAUUCGAUUGGAGGAAGGCAAUGCGGAGGAGUUCAUCCCGGCCUAUGAGCAUGAUCUACGGGGCCCGUCGCCGACGUUACCAGAGGGGGGAGAGGCGGUGUCGUUGAGAACGCCGCUCGACAGGUUGGAGGCACCUCGAUGCGUCCCAGUGGGGGGCGUCACAGCUGGGAGCGGACCAGAGCGGACCGGCAUGGCGCGGCAGUAUUGGCCUGAAGGAAUUCCUAAGCUGGACAGCAAGGAGGUGUUGGGGCCCCCACCGGAAGCUACUACGCCACCCCCGACGCAGGCGGAGCCAGAGAGGGGCGAGAGGGCGAGGACACCUACUACUGUGGCGCCGCAACUAACUGAGUCUACAGGUGCAUGCAUGGGUGUGGAGUCGUCGACAUUCGGAGAGCCUCCACCAGAGCCGCCACCCGCAGAGGAGGGGACUAGUGAGAGAGAUCCACUGCGAGAGGGUCACGAGGCGAGGACAGGGAGGCCACCAGGGGAGAUGAAAGAAGAGAAGCGCGCAAGGGUGCAGGUACGCCUCGAAGAGCUAUACCAGGAAAAGCUUAGGAUGGAGGCCGCAGGAGAAGCGCCAAAGUCGCCAAUUGACCCUCCGACGAGCGAGCAGAGGAUUAGUGAGGCUUGGGCCAGCUAUGAGAGCGAGAGGGAUGCGGCUCGCCUGGGGUCGCGAGAGGUAUUCCUGAACCCAGCAGAGGCGGCAGCGAGGCGGGAGGCCGAGGAGAGGAGGUUCAGCUUCAGGACUCCUACGGAGUUGGCCUCACAACAGGCCACCCCUAUGACGAUUGAGAUCCCUGAGGACGAGCCGGCGCAGGGACCCCAACCUCCAGUGGAGGAAGGGGGGUCCACAAAGGAGUCCCCUACGAUCCUUUUGGAGGUGCAGGAGGGUGCCCUUACGGGAGCAGCAGCAUCCACUGAGUCGGAGGCAAUGGGGGGAGAGGCGUCUCGACUGGAUGAGUUAGUGGCAGUUAUGGAGUUGGACAUGCCGUCAGGAGAGCCUCAGAGACAGAAGACCCCAGAGCGUGUGCCAGAGAUAGGGGAGUUGAGGACGCAGUUAGGCUCUUGGACUACUGGAGCUGACUCAGGAGAGCAGAUCUCAAAGCAGCAGCAUGAAGUUAUGAGGGAGCCAGCGACUGCCGUGACUCCCCAGCCUUCUGACCUGUAUAGGGACGAGGGGGCGACUGCGAUGGGAGGAAUCCGCGAGGGUAGGCCACUGAGAUUGGACACUCCAGCGUACCGACCCGAGGGAGGUGAGGCGCUAGCAGGGCCAAGUACCCAGAUGAUGGAGGCGGGGCCGGCAGAGUCAUGGAGUAUGCCCCAGAGCCAUGAGAUGAGCCGGGAAACUAGCGAGACGCCGCCGUUGCCUGGGUCCCAGAAGAAGAAGAGGAGGUGUCGGGGGAGAUCAAACGAUCAGUGCUUCUUCUGCAAGGAUGGCGUACAUAGAGCUCUUGAAGGCCCGAAGUUCCUUAAGGACAAGGCAGCUGGGAGAGUAACAGAGAGUGGUGGAAGAAUGUAUGACAGGCAGGGGCGAGUGGUAGAGCGGGCUCCAGAUGGGGUAGGGCACAGUUAUAUAGACAGAACCAGGAGGCUAUGAGUGAGUAGGGGCUGGUCCGUCUAUAUGACAGCAGGAUUAGA